AUGUUCAAAAGUGGUAAAACUAUUAGACAUAUUAAAAAACCCCAAACCCAAAAACAAAUUAUGUUAGAAGAACAUGUACAAAAAACACUUGGAAUUGGACAAAUAGAACAAGCAGUUCUUCUUCCACCUGGAGAAGAUUUGAACGAAUGGCUUGCUGUCCAUUGUCUUGACUUUUUUAAAGAGUCACAGUUAUUAUAUGAUUCAAUUGCUGAAAGUUGUACAAAAGAAUCAUGUCCAGUAAUGACUGCUGGUCCACAAUUUGAAUAUCGAUGGAAAGAAGGAAAAGAGUUGUUUUCAUUACCAGCAAAUGAAUAUAUUAAUAAAUGUCUUGAUUAUGUUCAACAACAACUUGAUGAUGAAGCUGUAUUUCCAUGUACUGUUGGUGUUCCUUUCCCAAAGAAAUUCCAAAAAGUAGUUCAAAUGAUAUUCAAACGAUUAUUCAGAGUAUAUGCACAUAUUUAUCUUCAUCAUUUAAAUCAAAUUACUCAAUUAGAAGAAGAACCUCAUUUAAAUUCAUCUUUUAAACACUUUAUUUUAUUUGCUACUGAAUUCAAUUUAUUAGAUAAGAAAGAAGUUACCCCAAUGAUGUGUGUUAUUCAUUUACUUGUUCCAUCAGUUGAAUCAAAAUACAAAUAA